CGCCCCUUUUAGGCCCUUGGCGCAGCAACGACUCCCCCCCCCCCCCCCGCCAUUGUGUGUGGGGGAGAAGGAGACCAUCCCUUCGCGCGCAUGGGCCAAUCGCCGCUCUCCUUUCUCUCUUCCCCCCUUCGUAAUCGAAUGGAUUAUUCCACCCAGUCGUCCCUAACGGGGCGAAACCAUUGCUUUCACCGGCGGAGGGGGGAGGGAUAGUGUCGGCCGAAAGAAAGGACCCCCCCCCCCGCGUGAAAAUAAGAUUUUAAAAUGUGAGAUUAGAGAGGAGAAACAGACAAGGGCGAGAUUUCGCCUAAAGACCGACCGCCGCUUUCCUAUCUCUCUUCCCCCCUUUCUGAGAGAAUGGACUUUCCCGCACGGCCGUCUCUAAAUAGCAUUUUGGACAAUACCAUUCCUUUCCGGGGGGGAAGAGGAGAAAGGCAAUGAUAAUAUUUUUUUUUAAUUUAACAUUUUAAAUUUAUUUUCACUUAAUUCGGCUUUGAAUCGGGAGGGAGGGCUGAGCAGCUUGAUGGGGUGGGUGGGUUUGACCCCCUCGAAGGUGGGUCUUGGCGCCCCCUCUCCGCCCCGUGGUUUGAAUGAAAGCGCGCGAAAAGGGGCAGGGGAAGACAGGGACUCCCGCGCUUUGCUCUCCUCGGAGCUCACUUUUUGCUUCCUCUGCCCGCCGCCAUGCCCUGCAAUGAAGCCGCCCCCGCCUCGCCCCCCAGCAAGAAGCUCCGGAGCUCCGGCCCCGAGGAGCCUGCAUUGAGGCUCCGCUUCGCCAAGCUCUCCGAAAACGCCGUGGCGCCUUCCAGGGGCUCCUCCCGGGCUGCGGGCUACGAUUUGUACAGUGCCUACGACUGUGAGAUCCCUCCUUUGGGAAAGGCCGUAGUGAAAACAGAUAUUCAAAUCUCUGUUCCCUCUGGAUGUUACGGCAGAGUAGCUCCGCGUUCUGGCUUAGCUGCAAAUCACUUCAUAGAUGUUGGUGCUGGCGUUAUUGAUGAGGAUUACCGAGGAAACGUUGGUGUCGUGCUAUUUAACUUUGGGAAAGAAACUUUUAAAGUGAAACGAGGAGACAGGAUUGCCCAGCUGAUCUGCAGUCUAGACAGACAACCAGAAUUUGAGACUGUUCAAGUUUUGGACGACACAGAACGUGGCUCGAGAGGUUUUGGAUCCACUGGCAAGAACUGAGGAGAACUGUUACGUGUAGUUAAUGACUUACUGUAUUUUAUUUGUAAAGCAUUUUUUAUACAAAUAAACCUUUGUCUACA